AUGGCUUGCGUGGACGACACGCUCACGGCCGCUGCUGCCAUCCUACAGAAUCUCGCCAGAGAAGCCCCUUCGUCUGGAUCUCCCUCCUUCGACUUCAACUUUUCCCCGCACUCCACAAAUGGUGCCGACACAAAGAUCCCCAAGUUGCCAGGCGAUCCUAGCUUAGCAAAGGUCGCGUUCGAAAAUGAGCUAGAGGCGUUGGUUCGUCGGAUUCAUCGAUUAGAAAUUCAAACUGUCCAGCAGCAGAAUCACACAGCAACACACGCUCAUAAACGAAGAAAACCCUCCAACGAUGCAGCCCCGGAAGUCGUCGAGGAAAGUGAUCUGGAAGAGAGCGACGAAGAUGAAGAUGGAUCCGCCAGUCGAUUAGUACGGGAGGAAGAUAUCAGUAUACUACGGAACCAUGUUCAGAAGCAAGCGGAAGAAAUAAGCUUCCAGAAGGAUAUCAUAUCUCAGGUUCGCGAGGAGCUACAGCAGCAGGAGGAACAAACUCGGCGGGCUCUCACCAAGGUGGAGAACGAGGAUGUGGUUCUCUUAGAGCGGGAACUGCGCAAACAUCAACAAGCGAACGAGGCUUUCCAGAAGGCUUUACGAGAGAUUGGUGGCAUCAUUACACAAGUCGCGAACGGAGACCUGUCAAUGAAGGUGCAAAUUCAUCCUUUGGAGAUGGACCCCGAAAUCGCGACGUUCAAACGAACAAUCAACACCAUGAUGGAUCAACUCCAAGUCUUCGGUAGCGAAGUGUCCCGCGUCGCUCGUGAGGUAGGAACGGAAGGUAUACUAGGUGGCCAGGCUCAAAUCACUGGUGUCCAUGGAAUCUGGAAGGAACUUACAGAAAACGUCAACAUCAUGGCUAAAAAUCUCACGGACCAAGUGCGUGAAAUCGCUGUGGUCACAACAGCCGUCGCCCACGGUGAUCUGAGCCAAAAAAUUGAGAGCCGAGCCCAGGGAGAAAUCCUCGAACUUCAACAGACGAUCAACACCAUGGUGGAUCAACUUCGGACAUUUGCUACAGAGGUCACGCGGGUAGCUCGUGAUGUCGGAACGGAGGGUGUUCUUGGUGGUCAGGCUCAAAUCGAAGGCGUACAAGGCAUGUGGAACGAAUUGACGGUCAAUGUGAACGCAAUGGCGAACAAUUUAACGACGCAAGUGCGCGAUAUUGCAACAGUUACCAAAGCGGUCGCCAAGGGUGAUCUUACCCAGAAAGUCCAGGCCAACUGCAAGGGUGAAAUUGCCGAGCUCAAGAACAUCAUCAAUUCCAUGGUUGACCAACUCCGUCAAUUCGCCCAGGAGGUGACGAAAAUUGCUAAAGAGGUCGGUACAGAUGGUGUACUCGGUGGUCAAGCUACUGUGAAUGAUGUGGAAGGCACAUGGAAGGAUCUGACCGAAAAUGUGAACCGGAUGGCGAACAAUCUGACCACCCAAGUCAGAGAAAUCGCAGACGUUACCACUGCUGUAGCCAAGGGUGAUUUGAGCAAAAAAGUUACGGCCAAUGUUCAAGGUGAAAUACUCGAUCUCAAGAGCACCAUUAACGGCAUGGUGGACCGGCUGAAUACGUUCGCGUUCGAAGUUAGCAAAGUCGCCAGGGAGGUCGGUACUGAUGGUACCCUUGGCGGCCAAGCCAAGGUGGACAAUGUGGAAGGAAAAUGGAAGGAUCUCACUGACAAUGUCAACACCAUGGCUCAGAAUUUGACCUCGCAAGUCCGAAGUAUAUCCGACGUUACGCAAGCUAUUGCAAAGGGUGACCUAAGCAAGAAGAUUGAAGUGCAUGCCCAAGGAGAGAUCUUGACUCUCAAGGUGACCAUCAACCACAUGGUGGACCGUUUGGCUAAAUUCGCAACCGAAUUGAAAAAAGUGGCGCGCGAUGUCGGUGUUGAUGGUAAGAUGGGUGGCCAAGCCAACGUGGAAGGAAUUGCUGGGACAUGGAAGGAAAUCACAGAGGACGUCAACACCAUGGCCGAAAACCUUACAUCGCAGGUGCGCGCUUUUGGCGAGAUCACAGAUGCUGCAACCGACGGCGACUUUACGAAACUCAUUACUGUCAAUGCCUCGGGUGAAAUGGACGAAUUGAAACGCAAGAUCAACAAGAUGGUGUCAAAUCUCCGGGACAGUAUUCAACGAAACACUGCUGCCAGGGAGGCAGCUGAAUUGGCCAACCGUACAAAGUCGGAGUUCCUGGCCAACAUGAGUCACGAAAUUCGAACCCCGAUGAAUGGUAUUAUCGGCAUGACGCAACUAACCCUGGACACGGACGACCUCAAGCCUUAUACUAGAGAAAUGUUGAACGUCGUGCAUAACUUGGCAAACAGCUUAUUAACGAUUAUUGACGACAUUCUCGACAUCUCGAAGAUCGAAGCAAACCGUAUGGUGAUUGAAAGCAUUCCAUUCACUGUUCGCGGCACGGUCUUCAACGCCCUCAAGACGUUAGCCGUUAAGGCCAAUGAAAAGUUCCUGAGUUUGACAUACCAAGUCGACAACACCGUUCCCGACUACGUCAUUGGUGAUCCGUUCCGUCUUCGACAGAUCAUCUUGAACUUGGUUGGCAAUGCCAUCAAAUUUACCGAACAUGGCGAGGUCAAGCUUACAAUCUGCAAAUCAGACCGUGAGCAAUGUGCGGCGGAUGAGUACGCAUUUGAGUUUUCCGUUUCUGAUACAGGAAUUGGCAUCGAGGAGGACAAACUGGAUCUGAUCUUCGAUACGUUCCAGCAGGCGGAUGGAUCAACCACGCGAAGGUUUGGUGGUACUGGCCUUGGACUCUCCAUUUCGAAACGCCUGGUUAACCUCAUGGGCGGUGACGUCUGGGUCACUUCGGAAUAUGGCCACGGCAGCACAUUCCAUUUCACCUGCGUCGUCAAAUUGGCAGAUCAGUCACUGAACGUCAUCGCGUCUCAACUUUUGCCAUACAAGAAUCACCGCGUUCUCUUCAUCGACAAAGGAGAGAAUGCCAACGAGGCAGAAAAUGUUCUGAAGAUGCUGAAGAAGCUCGAUUUGGAACCCUUGGUCGUCCGUAAUGAAGAUCAUGUCCCGCCACCAGAGAUCCAAGACCCCUCUGGCAAGGAGUCAGGUCAUGCAUAUGAUGUGAUUAUUGUGGAUUCUGUAAACACUGCUCGAAUGCUGCGGACGUACGAUGACUUCAAAUACGUUCCUAUCGUACUAGUCUGCCCCCUUGUCUGUGUCAGCCUCAAGUCAGCCCUGGAUCUUGGAAUCAGCUCCUACAUGACGACACCAUGCCAGCCGAUUGAUCUAGGCAAUGGUAUGCUGCCAGCACUUGAAGGGCGAUCCACGCCAAUCACUACGGACCACUCACGCUCCUUUGACAUUCUACUUGCCGAGGACAACGACGUCAAUCAGAAGCUUGCUGUCAAGAUACUCGAGAAGCACAACCAUAAUGUCUCUGUUGUCAGCAACGGUCAGGAAGCUGUUGACGCUGUCAAACAACGCCGGUACGAUGUCAUUCUUAUGGACGUCCAAAUGCCAGUCAUGGGUGGUUUCGAGGCCACGGGUAAGAUUCGCGAGUACGAAAAGGAUAGCGGCCUGAGCAGAACACCAAUCAUCGCCCUUACAGCGCACGCCAUGUUGGGUGAUCGCGAGAAGUGUAUACAGGCUCAGAUGGACGAAUACUUGUCCAAGCCACUGAAGCAAAACCAGAUGAUGCAGACCAUUCUCAAAUGUGCUACCCUCGGCGGUUCGCUUUUGGAGAAGAGCAAAGAGUCUCGCAUUUCAAGCAGUGGAGAGAUGCAUCAUGUCCACACAGGGCCAGAAGGCAAAUCACAACGCCCUGGUAUGGAAACCCGAUCAAUCACCUCGACUAGCGCUACGAAUCACAGUCUGGCAAGCCCGAAUACUGAGAGCAGCGACCAACUCUCCCUGGAUAGGGCUUUGCUGCGAUCUAAUAGCUCGUGA